UGUGAAUGCUGACAGGAUGAGCAGUCUAGCACUGAGUGCAGCAUGUCUCUCAUUCUGUGGACAGAUGGAAGGACUUGGACUCGACUAAAUGAGACCCUAAUGUUGACGGAAUAAUGCUUGGUUCAUUCUUUAAAGUCCAAUAAGAUAAGAUUGAUUUGUGGAUCUGGUGUAUUGGCGGAACAUGAGGAGGACCGGUGUGGUGUUCACGGGGCUGGUGAUCGCUCUGGCCAGCGUGUUCCAGCUUAGUGCCAUCACGGUGCUCUCACACGUCUGUCUUGGUGUCAUGAGUGUCACCUUCUUCCUCCGCCUCUACUAUAAACUGCUGGAGAUGCUGCGCUGGAACCCUGGUGUGCACCCCUUCCAGUCUUACCUGGAUAAUGACAGCUCUUUGACAGAAAAGGAGACAGUGAUGCUGGUGGAGGAGUUGGUGCUGCUGAUUGCAUUCGCCAUCACAGAGAUCAAACGCCUGCUUUUCAUCGAGAGCGUUAUCGACUCAAUUAAGUUUGUUGUACUCCUGUAUCUGUUGACCUAUGUUGGCGUCCUUACCAGUGGACUGACUUUGGUGAUAACAGCUGUAAUUGCAGCUUUCUCCAUUCCUCUUCUGUACAAAAAGCAGAAGUUGCGGAUAAGGAGGAUGGUAAGAGGGGUCAAAGCUUUUGUUAAAAGAAUCAAAAACAUGUUCCUUGGUCUGAUAGAAUCAGUAAGACCUUCCUCUGCCCCUGAACCCGCUGCUAAACCUGCACCAGUAGCUGCACCAGCACCACCAGCUGCUGCACCUGCCACAAAACAGAAAGCCAAGUCCAAGUAACUUGUUUGCACCUUAAAGCACCCAUAAAUUUGGGAUUUGGAAAAUGUUUCGAAUGGUUCAUCCUUUGUGGGGCCGCUGGAGGGGCCACUCAUUUCCAUUUCUCCACCAUGAUGUUUGUUUACGGGAGCACAGUUUAAUGUUUCCUGACAGCUGAAACAAAGCUGCCAUUCACCCCAGAAGAGAGAGUGAGAGUGGAGUGAGAGUGUAUGAGCUGAAGAAUUGUAUCUACUGACAUGCUUUCUAUGGGCUGUGUUUCAUGAAACCAGUCACACCGCCGUGUACUCCAAACAGGGACAGCACAGAAUAACAAUGUUUUUUUUCUUUAAUAACAGGUCUAUUUUUAAAUAACUGGUGAGCACUGUGUUCCUGUUAAGCUGCAAAAUUAUUCAUAACCAUGCAGGGAAGCGUUAUUUCUUUCAUUAUUUAGCACUAAGCAUUUUAAGCUGGAUACAAUCAAACUGACAUCAACAUCACCUGCAAUUAUGAACAGUAACUGUUUUGGGCUUGUUAUGUUACUUAACUAAAAUAAGUAUUAGCAAAAGCUUUCUAAGCAGCAACUACUCAGAAAUAUAAUAAGACUUAUAUGACAAAUAAGACUCUGCUGAUAAUGCUAAUUAGAUUUAAAAAGGUACAAACAGUGACUUCCUGUCGCGUUUAGCGAAGUAAGGCUACAGCGGGAUACAAAAUGUCCAAACAAACUUAGACGUCCUGAAGUAGCUAAAACGGUUUCUUUUGUUUGUGAUACGAAAAUACACUGAGAAUACAAUAAGAGUAGCAGCUUUCAGCACUUAUACUGUUUGUCAAACAUGCAUAAACAGACGCGUUUUGAGUUGUUAAAAAAAAAAAAAUAGCUAGCUAACUUGCAAUUAGCUGACAGGGAGCUCGCCUAGCAUUCAAUUGGAGUCCUGUGUUUGGACGACUGACUAAGUGUUUGUCAAAUGUUCUCUCGUUUCACACGUUUUCCACUGUUUUCUUUUGUGACCAAGGACUUCUUAGGGACAUAUCACUCUCUUUAUCUGCUAAAUUCUCACUUUCUGCUCACAAGUUAGUUGCCAACUGUGUCUUUCUGCUGUUCUGUGCUGAACAGGUAGUGUGGAGUUAGAUUUUUUAAAGUUUUAGCUGAAAAUAAUGUUUACUGCAUCUGAAAAUAACGCUUUCGAGUGCUGAGAGUAAAACACAGAGAAGUGUUGGUUAAGUACUCUUUUAACAAAAAGUAGUCCUAAUCUGUUGUCAAUGCAAAAACAUUGAUUAUAGCUGAUUAAAUCUCGUCUGGAGUUAUCUCUUCUCAAGUUGUGUUUCAAAACGUUAACGCAACAAUGGGUAGUUUAUUGUUACAUUUACAUGAGUUUGUAUUCCUCGUUCAUUUGAGCCUAAAUCUUUACUUACCGCAAAGUUAAGACUUAUGCAGGGGUGGCCUGAAGUGUGAUGUGUGCACAAACUUGCACAAAUAAAUAUCAAUUAUUAACCCUUUUUAACUUCACCAACCAUAUCUACUUUUAUAACACGAGCUAACGGCAACAUUAGCUUACGUCACAAUUUAAGUAGGCUACUUAAAAAAGUGCAUGCAAACUCCUGCACUGUCUAACUUGCAAUAUUUUGGUCCUGACACAUUGUCGGUUAAUUUAUGCAAGUAAAACAAUGUUCAUUACUUUCCAAUGCACAUUGUUUUAUGAAAAAGAUGUGCACAUUUUUUUUGGUACAAUUUAAAGUACAAAAAAAAAGAAUGCUGAAGCGAUAUGUAAAAAAAAAAAAAACAGCCUUUACAAAAGAAACCUUAUAGUUGGCUUUAACAUAGUGUAAAUCCUGCCUCUGACAGGGCAAAUAACCAAUCCCAGUUUUGGAUUUGGGAAGUGGCACAUGGGCUGCCCAAUCAAGUUUCUGGGGGGGGGGGCAGUCACCCCUCUGGUAACGCCCCUGGCUACACUGUCUUGGUUGCAUAACUGUGUGAACCAGUCCAACAAUAAUCUGUCUUUAGAGGACAAUAAAGUAGAUAAAAUGACAAUCUUUUAUUGCCAAUUGUAAGAAA